ACAAAUUUGUGUGUCAUAAAAUACGUAUUGUCAAGAAAAUUUAACAUCAUUUUAAAUUCAAUGAAAUUUUUCUAAAUAAUUACAUACAAAUCAUUUGGUUCUUAUCAAAAACUCUGUAAUCAAUAAAUUACAUACAGUACCUAUUUAAAUAUCAUCUGUUAAUGAGUUUAUUCACUGCAACAAUAUGAUUUGGUUUGAAGGUUCUAUAGCAAAUGCGGUUCAAACUUCAAAAUCAAAAAAUGCUAUUUUUGUCGUGUACGUGGAAGGUAAAGAUGAAAAUUCAAACAAGAUGACUGAAAUGAUCAAUCACCCCGAUGCCAGUUCAAAGUUAGAAUCGGAUAAUUUUGUUGCCGUGAAGCUUGAAGCCGGGUCUGAAUCAUAUAAUCAAUUUGUUCAAAUUUAUCAAUUAGUUCCCGUACCGUCACUCUUCUUUAUUGGUAAAAAUGGUGCUCCCAUUGAAGUUAUUCCACAACAUUUAGAAAACGGUGAAUUUUUAUCGAAAAUAGAAAAAAUUAUGGAAUCUGCUUCACUUUCUAGUACUCCUACGCCACAAGCAAUGGCGUCUACAUCGUCGUCGAAUUUAAUCAACUCGGAAAAACAAGCCACGGCAUCGGCUAUUGUGGAACAAACAAGUAAUCAACCAAAACCAGUCAAAUCUGAAAAAGAAUCAAGUCCAGAAAUCAAGCCUGAAACUCCAAAGCCUACAGUGAAUGAAGUUAGUUCAGUAGAUAAAAUAGAAAGAGCUAAACAACUUAUCGAAGAAAAACGAGAAAAGAAACGCAUUGAAGAGGAAGAAGAACAACGUAAAAAAGAGAUGGAGCGUCGCAAAAUGGGUCAAGAAAUUCAAAAAAUGCGGCGUCAACAACAAGAUGAAGAAAGAAAACAAAUACGGGAAGAAAUAUUACGAGAAAAAAAUGAAGAAUUGGCAGCAAGACAAAAAAUUUUAGCACAAAUUGAACAAGAUAAACAAGAGCGUGCUAAAAAAUUCAAUCAACCCAAUCAAUCAUGUGAAGCGACAUCCCCUCCCGUAGAACCACCAAGAAGUAUUCCUAGAGAUACUAAUUCAGCACGUUUACAAUUUCGUUUUGCAGACGGUACAAGUCAUACAAAAGACUUUUUACCCACGAAUACUUUAGAAGAAGUUCGUAGUUAUGUACAACAAAAUUUAAAUUUACCCUAUCGUAAUUUUGACCUAUCAACUACAUUCCCUCGUCGACAAUUCUCUGUUGAAGAUAAUAAUAGAACUUUAGCUGAUUUAGAAUUAAUUCCAAAUGCAGUUAUUUUAGUUGUACCAGUAACAGGACAUGCUGUUACACCUGCUUCUCCUGUACCCGGAAUGCUUUCAUCACUUAUUUGGUUUCUACUUUCUCCAAUUGUAGGAAUAUACAAUUUUGUUCAAACUAGAUUUGAUAAUUGGCGAAAUCCCCGACCAGCUCCUUUUAAGAGACCUUCCGAAGACAAUGCACCUGGUGGAUCAAAUGGACCAUCAUAUCCAAAACGUCGUAAUCCACCAGAUUCAACUGUGAUCCGACGACAAGGUAACAUUCAUCGUUUAGGUGAUCGGAAAGAGGAUAGUGAUGAUGACAAUAAUACAUGGAAUGGUAAUUCAACCCAACAAAUGUAGUCGUCAUAUUUUAUAUAAGAUUGAUAAUUUUAGUGAUAACAAUAAAAAAAAAAAAACUGAAACAUCAAAUUUAAAUUAUAUUUAUUAUAUAGUUUUUUCUUUAAACUUCUCAACACUUUACCUAAAAGAGAGUAUGUAUUUUUUUGAGAUUAAAUAAACUUAUUACAACUUAA